AUGGGUUUGAUAGCAGAAAGUUUCAUCGAUAUUAAACCGGAUCCAGCAUUGCUGGAUGCUAAUUUUGAUGGUUAUAAGCUCUCGCUUGAUCCUUUUCCUAUUUACAGCUAUCCCCUAGAAGUUCCAGUGCGUGAGUUGCAAACAAGCAAUAUUCAAUAUGGAUUCGAGCAUAUCAAACUGUUUAGCGAUAUCAAUUAUCUAACAUACGAUCCUCAUGCAUCCGAUUCUGGACAUAGGCGAUUCGUGACUGUUUUGCAGGACCUUCACUUAUGCUUGAUCACUUUUGAUAUUCAGACAAAGAAAUUCUCAGUUAGCAACAAUCAUACAGUCAUUACUAUACCACAUGAUGAAGAAGAAAUACAAGAUCGAUACCCAAUCACAAUAUCGUUUCCGAAUGCUAACCAUGCCUUUGUAUCUAAUGGCUUUGGUCGUCUGACAAUGUAUAUUACGGGUGACCGGCACAAUGCGGCAGCUUGGGAGGAAUGUUUAAGUGUCGAGCCGCUUAUUGUUGAUGGUAAAGUAAGCUCAUUUAUUAUUAUUGAAAGCCGUUAUAUGGAAAAUAAAUUCGACGUAUUAUUACGAUCUGUUGUAUCCAGCAAUAAAUCUUCAAAUCAAGGGAAUUUUUCAAACAAAAUAGUCUGGUUAACCGUUAUCAGGGAAGUUGAAAAAAUGAAGAUAACGGAGAUUCGCAGCAUCAUAUGCACUGGUCACACUGAAAUGGUCACAUUCGACAAAUUACCUGAAAGCUUAAUUGUUGUUAGUACUGGAGAUCUAAGUUUCUGUUUGAAUGGAGCAAAUAUAUCGGAUACUGCAGAUCACGAAAUGAAGAAAGAAUAUGGUGUUGAAGCUGCAAAGCCAACGAAGAAAAGAUAUGCUUGGUCUCAAACAGGAACUGAUGUGACAGCAGUAUUUACUUGUGAUGAGACAAUUUCAAAAAAAGAUGUUUCCUUAUCGCUGAGUGCGACAUCUAUUCAUUUUUCAGUGAAAGGUAUAAUACUUAUCGGUGGAAUUCUUGGUGGCUCAGUUGAUCCAGCGUCAUCAACUUACACUAUCGAUGAUAAUAAAUUAGAACUCUUUCUGGCUAAAAGUGAAGGUGGUUUAACUAAUUGGUCGGAAUUGGUGCUGAGUGACGAUCAAGGCGUUUAUGAAAUUGAUCCUGAAUCAUUGAGUAUUACUUCGGAGAUACUGGAGCGCUUCACAUCCGAAUCACAGGCUCUUAGUAAUGGCGGAGUUGAUCAAAAUUUCAACAUCGAACAAAUGGAAGAUUGUGAUAUCAGUACGGAUGACAUUUGCAAAAUUCGUUGGUUGAAUUGUGCAUCACAAAAGUUAGAGUAUGAGAGUGAUAUAACAACACACAAUAUCUUGUUUUCUGUAUAUUUGGAUUUUGGACCACGUUUUCUUUGUAUCCGCAUGGACGUUGAUGGUAUUUUAUGGAAAUUUACGGAAGAAAGCAGAAAAGUUCAACAUCACGCAACAUUCAAUGCAUUCGGAUACGUUCAGGCGUCUAAAACGCAGCGAAAAUUCAGCACCUGCCCAGCUGAUUGCUCUUAUGCGGUUAUUGUUGAAGGAAAACGACAUGCAUUUAUUUAUUGGCAACCAUCAACAAUAACUUCGGAUUUGCGGAAUCGGAAAACAGGCCGUCGAGUUGCUGGAGUUGCUAAGCAGCAGCUGAUAUCUUUAUCUAAAUCUUCUGAAUUUUGCGAUGCUAACGCUGUCACGGAGAAUAUUGCUGGCAUUCAUGCUGAUAAUGAAUUUCUUUUUAUUUUAACUACUACCGAUAUUUUCGCUGUGCUUUUAAAAGAUCCUCAGUUAUAA